CUCUCCAGCCUUCCCCACCGGCCAUCGACCCCCGAAUUUCCCAAACCCUAGUUUGCUCCGACGCUGCCUUCCGCCGGUCCGCCCAUCUGCCGCGGACCACCGUGAAUCCCGCGACGCCGGCCGCCGGCUGCUUUCACCUCCCGGCUCCCGCCAUACCGCAGGCACGCUUUUGAUUCCGAAGUUCCCAGCUCUCGCGUGAGGUGCCGGACCAAAGCAAUCAGCCACCAUGCAGGCUAGCGAUAGGUUCAACAUAAACUCUCAGCUUGAGCAUCUUCAAGCCAAAUAUGUCGGUACAGGACACGCCGACUUGACCAGAUUCGAAUGGGCUGUGAACAUCCAGAGGGACAGCUAUGCCUCUUAUAUUGGGCACUAUCCAAUGUUGGCGUACUUUGCCAUUGCUGAGAACGAAUCUAUUGGAAGAGAACGUUACAAUUUCAUGCAGAAAAUGCUGCUUCCAUGUGGCCUCCCUCCUGAGAGAGACGAAGACUGAGGAGCUGGUGCAUAAUUUCAAUCUUAGCAAGAGAGCAACAUAUGUUUAGCCACCGUGAUACCAUGUGCAACUCAAGUUUAAAGCAUAUUGUGUAUGCUAUUGACUUGUCUUCUACUCCCUCCGUUUCAAAUUGUAGGUCGUUUUGGCUUUUCUAGAUUCACAGAUAUUAUUAUGCAUCUAGGCAUAUACUAUAUCUAGGUGCAUAGCUUUGCCAAAGCUAUGCACCUAAAAAAGUCAAAACGAGCUACAAUUUGGGACGGAGGGAGUAUCAAUCUAUUACGAUGCAUGAAUGUUUGGAACAUGUAUGCACUGUUAAGAAAAUGUAGCUGUUGUCUGUUGUAUCUCUGGCGUGUUCUAUCCGUUGUGGAAGAAAAUGUACUGGCGAGA